GACUCCAAACGCUUCGAGGGGAUCGAUGUGGAUUUUAAAGAACUGACCUACGAAGCUCAGAAAACUCCAAACGUAGUUGAGGCCACCAAUAAACCAGGUCUGUCCCAACAACUGGAGGACAUUCAGAGUAGGUUGUCUCUGUGUGAGAAGGCUUUGGCUGAAUAUUUGGACAUGAAGAGAUUGGCCUUUCCCAGAUUUUACUUCGUUUCUUCUGCAGAUUUACUGGAUAUUCUUUCCAAUGGUACCAACCCACAGCUGGUGCAACGUCAUCUUUCCAAACUCUUCGACAACUUGGCCAAGAUGAAAUUCCAGCUGGACUCUGAGCAAAAGCCAACCAAGAUUGGCCUGGGAAUGUACAGUAGAGAGGAGGAAUAUGUCAGCUUCAGUGAACCCUGUGACUGCAGCGGGCAGGUUGAGGUCUGGCUGAAUCACGUGCUAGAAAGCAUGAGGGCUACUGUGAGAGACCAGAUGACGGAGGCUGUCACGGCUUACGAAGAGAAGCCAAGGGAACAGUGGCUCUUUGACUACCCUGCCCAGGUGGCCCUUUCCUGCACCCAGAUCUGGUGGACAGCCGAGGUGGGAAUUGCGUUUGCCAGGGUGGAAGAAGGCUACGAGAAUGCGAUGAAGGAAUAUCACAAGAAGCAAGUGGCCCAGCUGAACACCCUGGUUACCAUGCUGAUUGGGCAGCUCUCCAAGGGCGACAGGCAGAAGAUCAUGACCAUUUGCACCAUUGACGUGCACGCUCGGGAUGUGGUGGCGAAGAUGAUAGCGCAGAAGGUGGACAACGCCCAGGCGUUCCUCUGGCUGUCACAGCUCCGGCACAGGUGGUCGGAUGAGGAGCGACACUGCUUUGCCAACAUCUGUGAUGCCCAGUUCCCGUACUCUUAUGAAUACCUUGGCAAUACCCCCCGGCUUGUGAUCACCCCACUGACGGACAGAUGUUACAUCACCCUGACCCAGUCACUGCACCUGACCAUGAGUGGGGCACCUGCAGGCCCUGCAGGCACUGGCAAGACAGAGACUACGAAAGAUUUGGGGCGAGCCCUGGGCAUCAUGGUGUACGUGUUUAACUGCUCCGAGCAGAUGGACUACAAGUCUUGUGGGAAUAUUUACAAAGGCCUUUCCCAGACUGGGGCCUGGGGCUGUUUUGAUGAGUUCAACAGGAUCUCAGUUGAGGUCCUUUCAGUGGUUGCUGUACAGGUGAAGAGCGUGCAGGAUGCAAUACGGGAGAAGAAGAAAUCCUUCAAUUUUCUUGGAGAAGACAUUAACUUAGUCCCCUCAGUAGGCAUUUUCAUCACCAUGAACCCUGGAUAUGCCGGACGAACAGAGCUACCUGAGAAUUUAAAAGCUCUCUUCAGGCCCUGCGCGAUGGUCGUGCCAGACUUUGAGCUGAUCUGUGAAAUCAUGUUGGUGGCUGAGGGAUUCAUUGAGGCCCGGGCGCUAGCCAGGAAGUUCAUUACUCUGUACCAACUCUGCAAAGAGCUCCUGUCCAAGCAGGAUCACUACGACUGGGGCUUGCGUGCUAUCAAGUCUGUGCUUGUUGUCGCUGGCUCCCUCAAGCGAGAUGACCCGGAGCGACCUGAAGAUCAGGUUCUGAUGCGCUCUCUUCGUGACUUCAACAUCCCCAAGAUUGUGACUGAUGAUGUGCCGGUGUUCAUGGGGCUUAUUGGGGAUCUCUUCCCUGCUCUGGAUGUGCCUCGGAAGUGUGACCUGAAUUUUGAGUCAUUUGUGAGGCAGGCUGUGCUGAACCUCCAGCUGCAGGCUGAGGACAACUUUGUGCUCAAGGUGGUGCAGCUGGAGGAGCUGCUGACAGUCCGGCACUCUGUCUUCGUGGUGGGUAACGCAGGCACAGGCAAGUCCCAGGUACUGAGAUCCCUGCACAAGACUUACCAACUAAUGAACCGACGUCCUGUCUGGACAGACCUCAACCCCAAGGCAGUCACCAAUGAUGAGCUUUUUGGCAUCAUUAACCCAUCAACAAGAGAAUGGAAAGAUGGUCUGUUUUCAUCAAUCAUGCGAGAGCUGGCCAACAUCACACAUGAUGGUCCCAAGUGGAUGGUACUAGAUGGAGAUAUUGAUCCAAUGUGGAUUGAAUCUCUUAAUACCGUGAUGGAUGAUAAUAAGGUGCUGACCCUGGCAAGCAAUGAGAGAAUCCCUCUGAACCCAACAAUGCGGCUGGUCUUUGAGAUCAGCCACUUGCGCACAGCCACCCCAGCGACCGUGUCCAGAGCAGGGAUCCUAUACAUCAACCCAUCAGAUCUGGGCUGGAAUCCCCCGGUGAGCAGCUGGAUCGACAGGCGCGAGAUCCAGUCUGAAAGAGCCAACCUGACCAUUCUGUUUGAUAAGUACCUGCCUGUUUGCUUGGACACCCUGAGAACAAGAUUUAAGAAGAUUAUUCCCAUUCCUGAGCAGAGCAUGGUUCAAAUGUUGUGCUACCUCCUGGAAUGCCUCCUGACGGAGGAGAACACACCUCCCGACUGUCCCAAGGAGCUUUAUGAACUUUACUUUGUCUUUGCUGCUGUCUGGGCCUUUGGUGGAUCCUUGUUUCAAGACCAGCUUGUAGACUACAGAGUGGAGUUCAGCAAGUGGUGGGUGUCAGAAUUCAAGACUAUCAAGUUUCCCUCUCAGGGCACAGUCUUUGACUUUUACAUCGAUCCAGAAACGAAGAAGUUUGAGCCUUGGUCGAAACUUAUCCCCCCGUUUGAAUUCGAUGCCGAAAUGCCGUUGCAGGCCUGCCUGGUGCCCACCGCUGAGACGGUCCGUGUGCGGUACUUCAUGGACAGGCUCCUGGAGCGCCGGCGCCCCGUGAUGCUGGUGGGCAACGGUGGCACGGGGAAGUCUGUGCUGGUGGGGGACAAGCUCUCCUCAUUGGACACAGAUGCUUACGUGGUGAAGAAGGUCCCAUUUAACUACUACACCACCUCUGCCAUGCUGCAAGCCAUGCUCGAGAAGCCUCUGGAUAAAAAGGCUGGCAGAAGUUACGGCCCCCCAGGAACCAAGAAGCUCGUGUACUUCAUCGAUGACCUGAACAUGCCCGAGGUGGAUGCCUACGGGACGGUGCAGCCCCACACACUGCUCAGGCAGCACCUGGACUAUGGCCACUGGUACGACAGGACCAAGCUGUUGCUGAAGGAGAUCAAGGGCGUGCAGUACGUGUCGUGCAUGAACCCCACCGCCGGGAGUUUCACCGUCAGCCCUCGGCUGCAGCGUCACUUUUGUGUGUUUGCUCUCUCCACCCCUGGUCAGGAUGCCUUGUCCAGGAUCUACAGCACCAUUUUAACGCAGCACCUCACGAGUGAGGAUUUCCCAGCUGCUGUGCAGAAGUCAGCUCAGCAGCUGGUUGCCCUUGCCCUGGGACUGCAUCAGAAAGUAGCUGCUACUUUCCUGCCAACAGCCAUCAAGUUCCACUAUGUUUUCAACCUGAGAGACUUCUCCAACAUCUUCCAAGGCCUUCUGUUCUCCACCCCUGAAUGUCUGAAGCAACCCCAAGACUUAGUGAAACUCUACCUGCAUGAGUCAAACCGGGUGUACCGGGAUAAGAUGGUUGAAAAAAAGGAUUAUGGUACCUUUGAUAAAAUCCAGCUGGAGAUGGUGAAGAAAUUCUAUGAUGACAUUGAGGAAACUUUGGAGCAGACCAAGAGAAUGAAUGUCUAUUGCCACUUUGCUAAAGGCAUUGGUGAGCCCAGCUACAGGCCAGUUCAAACCUGGCAGGAGUUGAACCAGAUCCUUGUGGAAGCCUUGGAUAACUACAAUGAAGUCAAUGCUGCCAUGAACCUGGUCCUAUUUGAGGAUGCCAUGUGCCACGUUUGCCGCAUCAACCGUAUCCUGGAGGCCCCCAGAGGAAACGCUCUCCUGGUUGGCGUGGGUGGCAGUGGCAAGCAGAGCCUGACCAGACUGGCAGCCUUCAUCAGCUCUCUGGAGGUUUUCCAGAUCACUUUGAGGAAAGGGUAUGGGAUCCCUGACCUGAAGGCAGACCUGGCAAACCUGUACCUCAAAGCUGGCGUGAAGAAUGUGGGCACCGUGUUCCUGAUGACUGAUGCCCAAGUGGCGGACGAGCAGUUCCUGGUGCUGGUGAAUGACUUCUUAGCAUCAGGUGAAAUCCCUGAUCUCUUCUCUGACGAUGAAGUUGAAGACAUCAUCAACAGCGUGAGGAGUGAGGUUAAAGGCCAGGGGCUGGUGGACUCCAGGGAGACUUGCUGGAAGUUUUUUAUAGAGCGUGUUCGACGACAGCUGAAGGUUGCGCUGUGUUUUUCACCGGUCGGUACCAAGCUGCGCGUCCGCAGCAGGAGAUUCCCCGCCAUCAUCGGCUGUGUGGCCAUAGACUGGUUCCAGGAGUGGCCACGGGAGGCCCUCGAGUCCGUCAGCCUCCGAUUUCUGCGAGAAACAGAGAUCCUGGAGGAUUCAGUGAAAGAUUCAAUAAGCAAAUUCAUGGCCCAUGUCCACACAAGUGUCAACGAGAUAUCCCGAUUGUAUCUGAGCAAUGAGCGACGAUACAACUACACCACUCCGAAGUCAUUCCUGGAGCAAAUCAAACUCUAUCAGAAUUUGCUGUUGAAAAAGGGCAAGGAUUUAAAAGCAAAGGUGGAGCGGCUGGCGAAUGGCCUGGAGAAGCUCAACAGCACGUCUGCACAGGUGGAUGAGCUGAAGGCCAAGCUGGCAGCCCAGGAAGUGGAGCUGAAGCAGAAGAAUGAUGAUGCUGACAAGCUGAUCCGGGUGGUGGGGGUGGAGACGGAGAAAGUGAGCAGGGAAAAGGCCAUCGCUGACGAGGAGGAGCAGAAAGUGGCACUUAUUACCCAGGAGGUUGAGCGGAAGCAGAAGGACUGCGAGGAGGACCUGGCCAAAGCUGAGCCUGCUCUGGCAGCUGCCCAGGAAGCUCUGAACACCCUCAACAAGAAGAAUCUGACGGAGCUGAGGUCCUUUGGGUCACCCCCUUCAGCUGUCAGCAAUGUCACCGCAGCCGUGAUGGUGCUGACGGCCCCGGGAGGAAGGCUUCCCAAGGACAGGAGCUGGAAAGCAGCCAGAGUCGCCAUGGCCGGGGUGGAUAGCUUCCUGGACUCCUUGAUCAAAUUCGACAAGGAGAACAUCCACGAGAACUGCCUCAAAGCCCUUCAGCCCUAUUUGCAAGAUCCUGAGUUCAGACCCGAACUGGUGGCCACCAAGUCAUACGCAGCGGCCGGGCUCUGCUCCUGGGUGGUGAACGUGGUGCGGUUCCACCGCGUGUUCUGCGACGUGGAGCCCAAGCGGCAGGCGCUCAGCAAGGCCAACGCCGAGCUGGCGGCUGCCCAGGACAAGCUGGCCAGCAUCAAGGCCAAGAUUGCUCGCCUCAAUGAGAACCUGGGAAAGCUUACAGCCAAGUUUGAGAAGGCCACUUCAGAGAAACUACAGUGUCAGCAGGAGGCUGAAGCUACAGCGAGCACCAUCGCCCUUGCGAACCGGCUG